AUGUCGGGACAUUCUCACAACACUCACAGGAGUACGCCCAACAAGGGCCGUGGUGCGGUUCCCUUUUCAAACAGUCCCAGCGGUAAUUCCAAUAUUCCUCGUCCAGUUCUCGAACCCACACCGCCUACCGAGACUGGAUCAUCUUUCAGCGCCAGUCGUCAGAAGCAGAGCAAACGUGAUGAGGCCAUCCGAAAGAAGCUCGAAAAUGAUCUCUCCAAGAAGAAGCACCUUACAAGCCGAGCCCGCCACUCGCGAAAAGCUCCUCCCGGAACUGUCCUUGCCCUGAAGCCCAGUCAGGCGCUCCAGAUUAAGCCUGCUACCACGGUUUCCGAGGCUGCCCAGUUGAUGGCCGCAAAGCGAGAGGACUGUGUUCUGGUUACCGACGAUGACGACCGAAUUGCUGGUAUUUUCACUGCAAAGGAUCUCGCUUUCCGUGUUGUGGGAGCUGGAGCCAAGGCCUCCGCUGUCACUAUUGCCGAAAUCAUGACCAAAAACCCUCUUUGCGCUCGAACCGAUACCAGCGCUACGGAUGCUUUGGAUCUCAUGGUCCGAAAGGGUUUCCGACAUUUGCCAGUUAUGGACGAGAACCAAGAUAUUUCGGGUGUGUUGGAUAUCACCAAGUGUUUCUACGAUGCUAUGGAAAAGCUUGAGCGUGCCUACUCGUCCUCUAGAAAACUCUACGAUGCGCUUGAAGGUGUUCAGUCUGAGUUGGGUUCUACCCAGCCUCAGCAGAUCAUCCAGUACGUCGAGGCUCUGCGCAGCAAGAUGUCCGGACCUACUUUGGAAACUGUGCUCAACGGCGUUCCCCCCACUACCGUUAAUGUACGAACCUCAGUCAAGGAAGCUGCCCAGCUCAUGAAGGAGAACCAUACAACUGCUGUCCUGGUUCAGGACCAAGGUGCUAUUACGGGUAUUUUCACCAGCAAGGAUGUCGUUCUCCGAGUCAUUGCCCCUGGCCUGGACCCCGCCAACUGCAGUGUCGUCCGUGUCAUGACCCCUCACCCCGAUUUUGCGCCCAUGGAUAUGACUCUCCAGGCGGCUCUCCGCAAGAUGCACGACGGACACUACCUGAAUUUGCCUGUCAUGAAUGAUGGUGGUGAGAUUGUUGGUAUGGUCGAUGUUCUUAAGCUCACCUACGCCACACUCGACCAAAUCAAUGCCAUGUCGAACAACAACGACGAGGGCCCCGCCUGGAACAAGUUCUGGCUCUCUCUCGAUGCUGAGACCGAGUCCAUGAUGUCAGGAGAGGGCAGCCAAGCUCAGCACACCAAUCUUGGUUCUCGUCUUACAUCCCCUGAUAUGCACCGGGAUCGUAUCAACGACAGUGUUGCUCCAGGAGAUUCAGCCUCCCAUGUUGGCAUGGAGUCCCCUCCCCGCUCUAUCCUCCCCGAUGUUCUCGAGCAUCAACUCCCCGAAGAACUCCCCUUCCCCUUCAAGUUCAAGGCCCCCUCCGGUCGGGUACACCGCAUGAAGAUCACUGCUACAGAAGGCAUCGAGGCUUUCGUUGAUGCCAUUGCCUCUAAACUUGGUGCUGAGGCAGACAGCAUUGGUGGAGUGCCUGAUGUAGAGGACGGAAAGAUCGUGGGUGCUGGCUUUGCUAUGAGCUUCUUGGACGAUGAAGGAGAUUCGAUUUCUAUCACAGCUGAUCACGAUCUGCUCGAGGCUGUCAUUCUUGCCCGCCAAGCCCAUCAUGACAAGGUUGAUCUCUUUGUGCACGAUCCCGAGAAGCCUCCUGUAUCUGCAGCUGACCCCAGACAUCCUGCUACGCCCUCGGUCUCUACCGGGGCUGGCCUUCGGGAGCGCCGCAAGUGGUGGCCCGAAGAGAACGAGGAGGAUGAGGACGAUUCCGAGGAGGAGCAUCCCGUACGAAGACGUAAGAGUCGUGCGGCGCAUGCUCAUGCGCACGAAGAGCAGAUCAUUGCCGGUGUACCUAAUGAGCUGAUCCUUCCUGGCGCCAUUGUUACAUUGGCGAUCACUAUUUCGAGCAAUCUGCAAGCCGUCGCCAUGAUCCUGAGGAACGCCCCCGUGCGGCAUUGCCGCCACACAAUGGCGUCUCCCAUCUCCAGGUCCCUUCUCAGGCGAAUGUCCACCCAGGUCACCAACAAAACCGAGGGCACAUCCGAAGUGAAGGAAUGGACGACUUCGACACCCGCCACCGGUCCUCCCAAGAUUGUUUCAGCGGCAAGAAAGAAGCAGAGAAUCGUGCAGGACGGCAUCCUCUCUCUCAGGACUAACUCAGCGCAUGAACACAAGGGCUCGACAUGGACGACACCCCACAAGAACUCGAACUCUGCGGCUCCAGCGACGCCUGCUCAACAGUACAGAGAAUGGCAGCGUAUCCAGGCCAACACCCGAAGUCUCGGUUCGAAACUUGUCAAGCGAUACAUCCCUACCGAACUCGUCAACAACCCACCAGGACCCGAGGAUAUCACUCUGGAGAUGUUGAUGGCUUCGCAAACGCAUAUUGGACAUAAGACCUCGCUGUGGAACCCCGCCAACUCUCGAUAUAUCUAUGGUGUGCGAGAGGGUGUCCAUAUGAUCUCUCUUGAGACCACUGCGGCGCACCUCCGACGAGCGGCCCGCGUGGUGGAGGAGGUUGCUUACAAGGCUGGUCUGAUUCUUUUUGUCGGAAACCGCAAGGGUCAAAUGGAGAUUGUCACUCAGGCUGCCGAGAUGGCUAGUGCUUGCCACCUGUUCACCAAGUGGACUCCCGGUGCUAUCACCAACCGAGACGUUAUCCUGAAGAUGGCUGGUACAAAGGUUGUGGACCACAACGAUGUGGAGCUUCCCGGAUUUGAGAACUACAGAGGUUCGGCUCGACCUCUGAUGCCCGAUCUGGUUGUUUGCCUGAACCCUCUUGAGAACUAUACUCUUUUGUAUGAGUGUGGUCUUAAGAGCAUUCCCACCAUCGGUGUUAUUGACACCAAUGCUGACCCCUCAUGGGUGACUUAUACCAUUCCUGCCAACGACGACAGUCUACGAGCUAUGGCUGUCGUAGGUGGUGUCCUAGGCCAUGCUGGUCAACGAGGUCACCAACGACGUAUGACAGACGCUAAGAAGGACAAGGCAACAUGGCAGAACCCUCCUGAUAUUGUCCAGCACAUGACCCGUGAGAAGAAGGCGGCCAUUGCUGAGCGCAAGAACGUCAUGGGUCAGAUGCAGCACAAUCUGGAGGGUUUCAACGAGGAGGAACAGAAGCUUCUACGGGAACAGUUCUACGGAGAGCAGGCUGAAGUCUCUGAGAGCGACAUGGUCAAGAUGAUGGGAGAGACAACCUCAGAGGGCGCCAAGCCUGCCGCUGCUGAUUCAAACUCUGAAUGUAGAUUGGACAGCAUUGAAAAAGAGUUGUCCAGCCUCAAAAUUGUAGCCGAAGCCAUUGAGGCUGAGACACAUGCUGCCACCAAACCCACAGAGCCAACUCCUGCUUCACCUGAAGCACCUGUUGUCUCCGAAGUUGUCGUCGAAAGCCAGGUCGAGACUGAAGUCGAAAGCCAAAUCGAAACCCAGUCUGCCAAGUCAUCGCAUGAUUCAAGAUUGACGAGUAUCGAGGAGGAGCUAUCAGGCCUUAAGGCUGUCGCUGAGGCUAUUGAAGCUGAGACACAAUCUGCUAUCAUGCCUGCAGAGCCAAUUUCUGCCUCACCUGAACAGCCUGUUGUUUCGGAGGUAAUUGUUGAGUCUCAAGUCGAAAGUCAGAUUGAGACUCAGCCUGCCGAGACAACAUCUGAUUCAAGGUUGACAAGCAUUGAGGAGCAGUUGUCUGGACUCAAGGAUGCAGCGGAGGCUAUUGAGGCCGAUAUCAAGAGCGGCAAGCAGUAG